UGAAAGACCCCCGAUCUUAGUCUUCCCUCUGGAGAGACCCUCGCCCAGAGAUCACACCGAGACCACAAGUCAGAUGCAAACAGCAAGAGGCUUUAUUCAGGAACACGGGUUUCUCUGGACUCCUGUUCUGCCCAAAAACUUGUGUUGAUUGAAUUUUCUAUAAGAAGAAUUUUUUUGCCACUGUCUUAUCAAGAUGAUUUCAACACCUUUAAAACAUUCAGGAAUUCAUUUGUCUUCUGGGACAUCUCAAAGAAGAAAUCUACCUGUAGAUGCAGUCUUUAUUGACAGCAUUCCUUCGGGCACACUUACUCCUGUAAAAGAUUUGGUGAAAUAUCAGAAGUCCUCUCUAAAACUGAAUGGUCAUAAAAAGAAUCAGUUAUCAGAAACGGCAACUUGUAACAAUAAAAAUAGGUUUCAGUCCACCAUGCUAUCAGAGGCUGCCCCUUCAAACAGCUCUCUUGAUGUCAGUGCUAUCGGGCCCAGUGUGAAUGGAUUAAGAAACGAAAAGAUCUAUGAAACACCUGGAAAAAUCUUUCAAAGAAUGAAAGAAAAAGUGCAGCGUGACAAAGAAGAACAAGCAUCAAGGAGCAGUGACCUGUUAGGAUCACCAAAAUGUGAACGUAAUAAAGUCUGCACUUCUAACCGAGAUAAGAAAAUUCAGUUACAACAAACCUACCUCUGUGAGGAAAAAGAAAAAUCGUUCCAAUUCAAUAAUACUCUAUUAGGAGAGCUUCCAAUUCUGAACCAAGAACAAGGAAAUGUUUCAGCUUCAGGCAUCUCAAGCAAGGCAUUAACUAGAGCUCAGUUUGCUAGACAAGUUCUUCAUUUGAAAGAAAAUACUGUUAAAACCACUGUAUCCAAUAAGGACACAUUUGUUUUGGAAGGUGGUAAUUCUGCUUAUAAACAGUUUGAAAAUAGUAAUGUUACGGCCGUUAGUACUAAUUGUGUUCCUGUUAAGCAUCAUAGUCAGUUGAUGACUUCUGAUAAUGAUAUGACAACAGAAGGAACUGAGAACGAGGAUAUUACAGAACAAAAUGAAAAAACGGGUUCUAGAAGGACUGUUCUUCAAGAUUCCAUGAAAGAUACAUGUAAAGUUAUACCUGCAAUUCCAAGACUUAAUCUAACAAUACCUGGCCGGUCUCAAAGAAAGGUUGCAAAGCUUGACAUGAUUGUAAGUGAAGUCAAAAAAUACCAGGUAGUCCAGCUACAGGAAUGGAUGAUUAAAGUUAUCAAUAAUAAUACAGCUAUAUGUGUAGAAGGAAAGCUGGUAGAUAUGACUGAUGUUUAUUGGCAUAGUAAUGUAAUUGUAGAGCGGAUUAAACACAAUGAACUUCGGACAUUAUCAGGCAACAUUUAUAUAUUAAAAGGAUUGAUAGACCAGAUUUCCAUGAAAGAAGCAGGAUAUCCCUGUUAUCUCAUAAGAAAAUUUAUGUUUGGAUUCCCCCGAAAUUGGAAGGAACACAUUGAUAAUUUUCUAGAACAAUUAAGGGCUGAAGAAAAGAACAGAAAUAAGACCAGACAGAAAACUGCAAGACAUGAGAAACAAAAAUCAAUGAAAAAUUAUGUAGAAGAUAAACAAACUGAUGUUCUCCAAAAGGCCAGUGUCACUUACGACCUUAUUGAUGAUAGCUUGGAAAUGAAGAAAAAUAAGCACAAUGGGUUGCCAGGAACUGCAGAAAUAAACACUGGAUAUAGUAAUUGUCUAAAUAAGCCACAGUUAAGGCUCCUACAUAACCAAGAAUUAACUGGAAAAAAAGAGUGCAGAAAAUUUCCUUCAAAAACCUGUGAGAAUUCUGAAGGAAUAAAUGAAAAGAAAAUUCAAAGUCAGAAGCAAGAGAGAACUGAAGUAUUAGAUGUACCCAUUGAUACACCGGACUCACUGGAACAGCCUACCUCUGACAAAGAAAGAAAAUACCUGCCUCUGAAUCAGAAGGAAGUUUAUGUUUUAAUGACACCACUUAAAACUAGAAAGGUGAUAGAGCAAAAAUGUAUAGAGCACAAUCUCUGUAUCAAAGGAGUACCUGAUUUUUUCCAACCAAAGCAUCAAGAAGAAAGUGAGUCAGAUGUACAUGUAAGUUCUAUGCAUAAGUCCUUAGAGACCUUUGAACACAGCAUGGGUUAUAAAAGUAACUCCAAGGAAGAUUGCAGUAAAUGUGAUAUACUCACUGUCAGACAGAAAAUUCAGAUACCUUGCCCUAAAAAUAAGCAAGUGGUCACCAGUGAUUUUAAGAAGAAUAUCAAGUUGUCCUCGAAAUUGAAGAAAACUGAAAAUCAAGUAGCCGUAUCACCUAACAGUCAUUUCUCAUCACUUUUGUCAAGUGAAGAGAAUGAAACAGAGAUUAGAAGUAAAACCAGAGCAAGAAAUAGAAAAGAAAGGCUGAUUGACCAGAGAAAAAACCCGUGCAGUAUCACAAAAGAUAUCCUGCUGGUUUCAGAAUCUGAAGGUGAGAGUGGUUCUCGUAUCACACCACAGAAACCUAGAUCUUCUGCUAAAGAAACGCUUCCAAAAUCUGGUGUUAGCAAGGACUUUCUGAUUGAAGUUAAAGGAUCUGAUACAACAAACAGGCAACUGGUAGGCUGUCAUCUACCUGGUUUAAUUGAUAAUGAAGAAUGGAGUGAGCAAGAAUUACAGAAGCUUCAUCGUGCUUUUACAUCUCUUCCAAAGCACAAGCCUGGUUUUUGGUCAGAUGUGGCUAUGGCAGUUGGUUCUCGAACUGCUGAUGAGUGCCAGAGGAAAUACAUAGAAGAUCCCCAAGGCAAAAGAUCCCGAAAACAUGUCUCUAAGAAAAAGCAAGCCGAUUUCAAGGUCCAAAAUGGUGAGAAAGACAAUGCUGCUGAGCAAAAGAGUAUUAAGAUAACUGCCAGAGUGGGAACUCUUAAAAGGAAACGACAAAUGCGAGAUUAUCUGGAACAGCUGCCCAAAGACAACCACGAUGACUUUUUCAGUGCGACACCCUUGCAGAAACAGAGAGUACUGUUGCCAAGUUUUCAAUACAGUCAAGAUGAUGAUUUUCUGCUAGAUAUGGACAGGAAUACAGCAUCUCCAUCAUCAGUUGCUUUGUCAGACACUCCACAAUGUCAGCAUGUCAGUCCUGGUAUGCUAGCCCCUGUAAAAAGUGAUGAUUAUGAUAAAUAUGUUUUCCAUAUGCAAAAAAAUGCUAAAAAAUGUGGCAAGAGUAAUGGCUUUGUCUGGGGCAACAUUAGGAAAAAGACAGUUGAAAAUGAUCUCUCAUCUCUAACAUCAAUACGAAAAACCCUGUUUAACAAAGAUUUAGGUGAAAACACAGCUAUUGCAAAGUGUUUCGUUGAUGAUGCCAUAGAAUCAGAUGAAGAAGAGAAAGAUUAUUACUUUUCUAAUUCUGACUGAUAGUAAAUACAUUUGCAGGAGUUUUACUAUCAAGCAGAGCAUACUUAUAUUCUCAUUUGAUGAAUGGGUAUUUUCUUUGUAAUAAGAGGAUGUAGAUUUGUUUCCAAACGAUGUCUUAUGUUUGUAUGCAAGGUUAACAACAUCCUGUAGAGCAUCCCUCAGUGUUACAAUAUAAUACAAGUAAAAUUACUUUGCCUGUGUAUGUAGAUGUAAGUUUUAUUUUUGUAAUAUUAAUGUAUAUAAAGCUUAAGUUUCUUGAACACCCAAGUCUGUUUACUUUAGUAAUCAUGUCUCACAUAGGUUUUUAAAUAAAUUUUUAAAAACCUUGAAGUGAGGAGAGGUAAGGAGCUGGAAUUAGAGUUUGGAUUGGUGAAUACUGGAAUGAAAAUUUAUAGUAUUUUGCUGCCUGGUAUUAUAAGCCAGAGUUCAUUGACUAUUUCAGUUAUGUUAUUCAGUUGGUCUAUGUUUUACAUGUUUUCUUCUGAUAGUUUUUCUUAAAAUUUAUCAUAAGUUGGUCUGUUUGUGAAACCUCUAUCUCUAAUUCAUUGCUCUUUAUUUUUUUAUAAAGUGAACCAGAGGACAGGUUCUGUUGUAUUCUGCAGCCAUGUUAUGUACAGUUGAUAGAUCUACCUUUAUAAGGAAUUACUCUGCCAUAAUAAUCAGGUUUUCCCUUGCUGACAGCUCCUUUAGAAGCUGACUUUUAUUCUGCCAUUGUUUUAAAGUUUGACAUAAGUUAUUUGUCUUCUGGUUGCAUUACAUAUUCAUCUACCCUUUGCAUCCAGUUAGACUGUUC